AUGGAUUUCAAUGAAUUGGACAUUGUAGCGGCCCUACGGCAUUUUCUCGAAGGGUUUCGACUACCCGGUGAAGCGCAGAAGAUUGAUAGGUUAAUGGAGAAAUUUGCAAGUCGCUACUGUGAUUGCAAUCCAAAUAACACACUAUUUGCCAGUGCUGAUACCGUCUACGUGUUGGCCUUCAGUGUGAUUAUGCUGACGACGGAUCUACAUUCGCCACAGGUGAAGAACAAAAUGACCAAGGAGCAGUAUAUCAAGUUGAAUCGUGGUAUAAGUGAUUCGAAGGAUUUACCAGAGGAAUAUCUAUCGCAGAUCUAUGAUGAAAUAGCUGGGCAUGAGAUUAAGAUGAAGAAUACGAGUGUGGCAAAACCAGGUGGAAAUCGUCAGAUAAUUAUCAAUGAGAAGAAGCGUAAACUGCUGUGGAAUAUGGAAAUGGAAGCAAUUUCCACAACAGCUAAGAAUCUAAUGGAAUCUGUGUCACACUUCAAGUCACCCUUCACAUCGGCUAAGCAUUUGGAACAUGUAAGGCCUAUGUUUAAAAUGGCCUGGACACCAUUUCUAGCUGCCUUCUCGGUUGGUUUGCAAGAUUGCGAUGAUACAGAAAUUGCCAGUCUAUGUCUCGAUGGAAUUCGCUGUGCUAUUCGUAUUGCAUGCAUCUUCCACAUGACACUCGAAAGAGAUGCCUAUGUUCAGGCAUUGGCUAGAUUCACAUUGCUAACGGCAAAUUCACCAAUAACCGAGAUGAAGGCCAAAAAUAUCGAUACCAUAAAAACCUUGAUUAUGGUAGCGCACACAGAUGGAAAUUACCUAGGUAGCAGUUGGCUGGACAUUGUCAAGUGUAUAUCACAGUUAGAACUAGCUCAGUUGAUUGGUACUGGCGUAAGACCGCAGUAUCUCUCAGGCCCGACACAUCGAGAUGCCUUAGAUCCGAGCGUCAAGGAGCACAUUGGAGAAACGAGUUCGCAGAGUGUUGUAGUUGCAGUUGAUCGGAUAUUCACAGGAUCAAUAAGGCUCGAUGGUGAUGCAAUUGUGGAUUUUGUACGGGCACUGUGUCAGGUGUCCAUGGAUGAGUUGCAUGGUCAUCAACCCCGAAUGUUUUCACUGCAGAAAAUUGUUGAGAUAUCAUACUACAAUAUGGGCCGUAUUAGGCUUCAGUGGUCAAGAAUCUGGCAAGUUCUCGGUGAUCAUUUCAAUGCAGUUGGUUGCAAUACCAAUGAAGAGAUUGCCUUUUUUGCCCUAGAUUCACUCAGGCAGCUGUCAAUGAAGUUCAUUGAGAAGGGUGAAUUUACAAAUUUUCGCUUCCAGAAGGAUUUUUUGCGGCCUUUUGAGCAUAUUAUGAAGAAAAAUCAAUCACCAGCCAUAAGAGAUAUGGUUGUACGGUGUUUGGCUCAAAUGGUGAAUUCACAGGCGCACAACAUCAAAUCUGGCUGGAAGAAUAUUUUUUCAGUGUUCCAUCUGGCUGCAGGUGAUCACGAUGAGGCCAUAGUUGAAUUGGCAUUUCAGACCACAGGAAAGAUCAUUACGGAUUUGUACCAGAGACAAUUUCACAUAAUGAUCGACUCAUUCCAAGAUGCUGUGAAGUGUCUGUCGGAAUUUGCGUGCAAUGCUCGCUUUCCGGACACUAGCAUGGAGGCUAUAAGAUUGGUACGAACCUGUGCACUAUGUGUUCACAGUGCUCCCCAUCUAUUUGCCGAGCAUGCUGGCAUGGAGAAUGAUGUGGCUGUGUCGGAGGAGGAUAGAGUUUGGGUGAGAGGGUGGUUCCCAAUGCUCUUCUCCUUGUCCUGUGUGGUGAAUCGCUGUAAGUUAGAUGUGAGAACCAGAGGCUUGACUGUUAUGUUUGAAAUUGUCAAGAAUCACGGUGAUGCCUUCAAGGCCAAUUGGUGGCGUGAUCUUUUCAAUAUUCUCUUUCGUAUCUUCGACAAUAUGAAACUACCUGAACAGCAUACGGAAAAGGCCGAAUGGAUGACAACUACGUGCAAUCAUGCCCUCUAUGCAAUUGUUGAUGUCUUCACGCAAUACUUUGAUAUACUAGGACCACUACUCCUACAUGAUCUCUACACCCAAUUGCAUUGGUGUGUACAGCAAAAUAACGAACAAUUGGCAAGAUCAGGAACAAAUUGCCUAGAAAAUCUGGUAAUAUCCAAUGGGUUGAAGUUCACGUCAGAAACUUGGGAUAGUACGUGUCAAUGUAUGCUAGACAUAUUCAAUAAUACCCUUCCGUCAGAAUUGCUCACAUGGAAGCCAGAUCCGAACUUUGUGGCACCCACUAGCAAUACCAAUCAAAUGAAUCACAAUCGUCAUGGAAGUGCUAAUGCCCUGGAGAAUGGUGAAGUACGACAUGGGAUUCUCAAGCGAGCAAAUUCUCAUCAUUCAGUCAUGUAUACUGGAACUCAAGAUGAAAUUGCGAAGAUGGAUCACGGAUGGAAUAGUCUGUUUGCUAGUCUACAUAUAAAAUGUGUGGUGCAGUUGGAAUUGAUUCAGACCAUAGACAAUAUUAUCUUCUUUCCGGCAACGUCACGGAAGGAAGAUGCUGAGACACUGGCUCUGGCCACAGCUGAUCUCACAGGGGGCAUCUCUAGUCAUACAGAGUGUCAGCGUGAAGAACAAGGAAUGUAUAGUUACCUCACAACACCGCAUCUGCUCAAGUUAACCGAUUGCCUCAUGCAGAGUCACAGAUUUGCCAAGCAAUUCAAUGUGAACACUGAGCAGAAGAAUGUCCUGUGGAAGGCAGGCUUUAAGGGAUCUGUUCGGCCUAAUCUUCUAAAGCAGGAAACUCAGUCACUAGCGUGCGUUCUGCGAAUAUUCUUCAAAUUGUAUAACGAUGAAAAUCGACGUACAGACUGGAUGGAUGUUGAAAGGCGAUUGAUUGCUGUCAGUCAAGAAGCUCUUGAGUAUUUCUUAAAUCUUCAGAGUGAAACACAUAGAGAGACUUGGACAUCGAUUCUCCUGCUUGUUCUAACGCGUCUUCUCAAGAUGCCCGACAACAGAUUUGCUGCUCAUAUAACGCAUUAUUAUCCAUUAUUGUGUGAGAUUAUGUGCUUUGACUUGAAACCUGAACUCAGAAGUGUCCUUAGGCGAGUUUUCCUGAGAAUUGGGCCUGUCUUCAAUGUCACCAGUCCAUGAAGAGACAUAAGAAGAGAUUAUUAUUAUCCUUCUCUAAAAUAAAAAAAGAACAGAAUAUAACUAUUCCAAAAGAAAAUCACUAAUUAUUUAGGAAAGACAUUGUGAGGAAAUGUAAUACUAAUUUCAUACCAUAAAAGAAAAAGAAAAACUUUACGUAGGUGAAUUUAGAGUGAAGUGAAAUAAAUAUUUUGUGUUUUUUAGACGAGAUAAAAUCAAAAUUGAUAAUUGUUAUUCAUUAUUCAUCAUGCAGUUGAGAAUUACAAGUGCUAGAGAGGAGCUUUCUUUAGUUUUUAAUUUAUCAAAUUGACAUCAAUUCCAUAAUAAAAAGCAUUCGCAAAAUUAUUUAUCCACUUGUAUUGAUUUGAUAGUUGCAUAUAUUAAAAAGAAAAAAUGACGUUAAAAAUUGUCUUUAAAAUUUGAUGUUUGUAAAUUGUAAAUGGUAAACAUAAAUAAAUUAUUCACUAUCGGAAAAAAUACAAAA